AUGGAAGCUGUAACUGAUAGGAGAGUUAUCGAUGAUGAUGACUUUACUGAGGUCGAUUCCGGAAGCGCCUCUUGUCCUGCUGACCGAACGGUCUCGCACUGGAGCGAUAUUUUCACUGGAGUUGUUGGCUCCUGGAGGGUACGGAGAGGUGCUUGGAGUGGAUGCGCGGUCUUUUUGCUGGCCGGUCAGCACACCCAGAUCCUUGACGUAUCCUCUUCCCUCUGUGAAGAUACAGCUGUUGCGGUAGAAUCGUUGACUGAACAGGUCCUUUUUUUGGGCAGGGUCACCUUUAUCUUUGAGCAUGACCUCCUGUUCGAGGUAAUUGAUCACCGGGUCGGCGUAUUCUUUGAUCGAUGCAGUGAAGCAGACCAAAUUGAACCAGUUGCGCACGAUGGAAAGGAACUCGUCCACGUCAAAGGGCCGGUUGGCGACUUGAUUGGGUCCUCGCUCUUGUCGAGCUCGAACUCUAUAUCUUCUUCCACAAUGGUUGUGAUUUGGGUCUGUACCGGGUCCUCACGCGGUUUCUGGCGUUGUGGGACUUCGCUCUGCGUAACACGAGCCUCCACAGCCGGUUUGUCUAUAUUCUGUUGCACGGUGGGAUCUGUGUGCCGUACGAGCCCUAUUAUUGCUCUCAGCGGAUACGUCACCACCAGCAACACCCACACCGUUGGGUUGAUCACCAGGUGUUUUGGGAAAAAGAACAGAAUACUCACCAGCACCCCAAGAACAGACCGGUCGUCGUUCUCUUCCUCCUCGUCAUACACAGGCUUGUCCUCCUCUGCGCUGGGCUCUGGCCGAUCGAGCUGUCUGGUGACGAUCUGCGAAUCGUCCAAGUCGAGCGACGAUUUGGGAUCGUCUGCAGGUGCUGGAUUGAACGCCUUUUCAACGGUGUUCGCCAGAAAUUGA